AUGAUCUCGGAACUUCUCUCUGUUUCAACGCCGCUGGCUCUCCCAGCCGUGUCGCUGGCCAUAGCGGUCUAUGUUGCCCUUACCAUCAAGCGUGCGUUCUUUUCGCCCCUGUCCACAAUUCCUGGGCCGUUUCUGAACAAGCUUUCCAACCUUCCCCUCAGGUACCACACCAUGACUGGCAGUUACCACGCGUAUACUACCCAGCUCCAUAUCAAGUAUGGCGAGGUUGUUCGCAUUGGCGCAGACUUCAUCUCUCUGUCCAACACAUCUGACACGCGUUUGGUCCUAGCCACCCAUGGCUUUAGAAAGGGCCCGAUCUAUACAACCGGACUUUUGCUGGAAGAAAACUCGUUUGCUACAACCAACCCCGAGCUCAACAAGGUUCGCCGCCGGCAGAUUGGCGAUGCCUAUGCCUUUCACACAUUGCGGGCAGUCGAGGACUUGGUUGUUGACGCUGGUGCCAACUCGCUGAUCAAGGUGUGGGACGCGGCUCUUGCAGAGCAAGGCGACAAGGCCCGCAUCAACUACUUCUACUCGUUCCAUCGCGCCAGCUUCGAUGUGGUCGGUGCCCUUGGGUUUGGCCAGAGCUUCAAUAUCCUGCAGACCGGCAACACGGAGGUCAUUGACCACAUGCAGAAUUCAAUCCACCUAAAGGUGCUGUCCAGCCUCCUGCCGUUUAUCUGGUCUAUACCGGUGCUGUUCAAGGAAAAGAAAAAGUCGACAAAGGCCAUCGUCCAGCUUAUCCGCGAUACCAUUGACAUGCGCAAGAAGCUGGUCAGCGAGACUGGCAAGCCACCGCGGAUCGACGUGUUGCAAAAGAUGGUUGAUGCCAAGGACCCGGUCACAGGCGAGAUCCUCGGCAAUGAGAGCUUGAUUUCGGAGAUCUUCCUGAUGCUCAUUGCUGGCACUGACACCACCAGCAACACGCUGUCAUGGGUUAUGAUGCAGCUGAUGCACUACCCGGAGGUGUACCGCCGCGUCACUGAGGAAAUACGCACAACAUUCCCGGACACCUCGCAAACAAUUUCGUUUAAUGAGGCCAGGUCCAAGCUCCCGUAUCUCUCAGCAGUCAUCCAUGAGACCAUGCGCAUCAAUCCGUCCGUUGGUGGCUUCCUUCCACGCUGCGUUCCGGCAGAGGGUGCAACAAUUCAGGGACACCACAUCCCAGCUGGUACACAGAUCUGCAUUACUAUUACUGCUUGCCAGCACAACCCUCAGAUGUGGAAGAACCCGGAGGUGUUUGACCCCGAGCGCUUCCUUGGCCCUGACGUUACCGAAAGAUUGAAGGAUGUGCUGACAUUCAGCUCGGGUGUUCGAGUUUGUAUCGGCCGUAACCUUGCCUGGGUUGAGCUCUACACCGUUCUUGCCAAUGUCUUGCGCAGGUACGAUUUUGAAUUGCCCGAGAAUGCGCCGUAUGGCCCACACAAGCUCAGCGACAAGGGAGUUCCGGCCGAGAUUCCUGGCGAAUCGUUUAUUGUCACAUCUCCUGUAAAUCCGAAGGACAACUGCUGGGUCAAGAUUUCGCAUGCCAAAGCAUAG